AUGGGAAACAUUCUGACCUACAUUUGGGACAGGCUUUUCUCGCUCUUUAAUCUUAUUACUAUUGGACGUGACCAAACAGACGAAGACGUGUUGAGUAUAGUCAAAGCCGGAGACGAAGUCGGCGUAUGCGAGCAAAGACCGAGGGUCAAUCGUGAAGUAAUAGGACAAAGUCAUGAAAAAAGUUUAUUCAAGGUAACAACAUAGUUGUGUACUUCCACUAAAGUAAACACUCUAGCUGAUUUCCUACCAAAAUACAUGGUACAAUAUUGCCCGCAAGAUAUAUCAAUUUAGAAAUGUCUAUACGUAUAAAAUUCCACCUCACUACCAUGGUAAGUUAGUUAGUAAUUAACUAUAUAUAACUAAGCAUGCAAUAAACCGUCUAGAAUAUAUAAACUGUUCAAUUGACACGACAAAUUUAGUCUCGAAACUCUCUCCUUAGACUUGGAUCAAGUCCGUCUCUCUAGAGUCCGAGGGAAAGCGCGAGGUGCAAUAAAGCGGGAAAGUUUGAGGGACUUGAUCCAAGUCUACUCUCUCCUCCGCUGAGGCUUACAUGAAGUUUCUAACUGAGGGAAAAGUGAGCGCGCAACUGAUGGGAAGAGCAAAGUUCAGGAAACUGUUUAAGUUAUUUGUAACUACUUAGGAGGUUCUGCAGAGGAGAGAGGUCUAGAAAGUAAUAAACCAUCUACCUAACAAUAAUUAACUAAUAGCUCUGAAUAUUAGUUUGCAUUAGAGGUGUGCAUCGGAUCGGAUUGGACGUUUAUAAUCCGACAAUUGGCUAAUUAAUGUUUAAAAUCCGAUCCGAAAUUGUCUAAUCCGAAUCCGAUCCGAGUUGUGAUAAAGAAAUUUAAUCCGAUCCGAAGAAUCCUUUAACAAAAUAAAUUUCUCAUUCAAGUUGAAAUGUUUAACCAAAUAAAUAUAAAAGCAAGAAAUACAUGUCAAGAAGCGGACAAAGUGACGUCCGAUUGAAGUAUCAAACGAAAAAUGCGGCGACAACCGCGAUAAUGCUUUGAUAAAUGCAUGGAUAAUUAAUUCUUGCAAUAAUGCAUGGAUACUUAAUUCAUUUUAUUUCGAAUAUCGAAGUCCGAUCCGACUACGAAACAAUUUUAUCAAUCCGAUCCGAUCCAGAAUGUAUAUUUUUGUUCGGAAAUCCGAACGGAUCGGAUUCGGAUCGGAUUUGCACACCUCUAGUUUCCAUACAGUUUGAGUGGAUAGAAAAAAUAUCAAAUUAUUAUUGUUUGUAUAGUUGUACUAAUAAACAGAAUAAUGUUUUUGCUUUUUAAAGUUAGCAAGAGGUGAAUAUGCUCAUAUGGUAGAAAGGCUGUCCACCCGCUAUAAACUCUCUGAAAAUAUUACGUCACAAAUGUUGCAAAAAAUGGACAAUGAUGUUCCAUGUGGCGAACACCCGUUGAAAGAUGAAAACUAUUCUGUUUUAGUGGUGAAACGAGAAACUGAUUUCGAUGUGAAAUUAUUUAGAGCAAGUUUCACAGAUUAUACCCGAGAGAGGGUUGUGUGUAUUGAGUGA